UUUCUUUUUUCCCCCCCACGUUUAUCAUUGGAUAUUUGGCUUAAGUACAUUUUUUUCCCCCUUUAGAGGUUAAAUUACAAAAUUCUCUUUUCGGCAACAAAAGCCCCCCUGACCUACCACCAAAAAAAAAAUUCUCUUAGCAACCAAUCUCUUAGCAACAAGGAGUACCUUUAUAAGAGAAAGAAAUAAAGAUGCUACAUAAAGAGCGAUCACCAGAAAGUCUUUUCUGAUCUUUGAAAGGACCGCAUCAUUAGCCAAGGUAGCCGACUUCCCGGGUAGAAAGAAACCUAGGACAAGAGAUAGAUUUUUCCAUGGGCCAGAUGGAAAAAAAAAGAAAAAAAAAGUCCCCUCCCUUAAGCAGUAUUUUCUCUCCUCAAGUAACUAAAGUGAGAAUUGCAAUUGACUUUCAUGGCCAGAAUCACAGAGAUGCUGGUUAGUUUCCGGACUGUAUGGCCAAUGUGUUCUAGCAGCACUUCUCCUGACAUUUCGCCUGCAUCUUCAAAGGAUCUGAAUUAGGCAGCGUUCCCACAUCGGCUUGGACGAGAUGGUCAUGGAAGCCCUGAAUCCCAUGCACUACAACAUCACCCGUGCCGUCUCGGAGACGAUGCCAACGGCCACCCUACCCCUGCUGUUCUUCAUGGGCUUCAUUUUCCUAAUCUGGACCUAUGAAGAAACAUCAACGAUCCCAGGACCUGGCUACUGUAUGGGAAUUGGUCCCUUGAUCUCUCACGGCCGAUUCCUCUGGAUGGGAGUGGGCAGCGCUUGCAACUACUACAACAAGAUGUACGGCGAAUUCAUGAGAGUCUGGAUCAACGGAGAAGAGACCCUCAUUAUUAGCAAAUCGUCAAGCAUGUUCCACAUCAUGAAGCACGGACACUACAUCUCAAGGUUCGGGAGCAAGCCUGGUCUAAAGUGCAUCGGCAUGCACGAAAACGGCAUCAUAUUUAAUAAUAACCCUGCGCUCUGGAAAGAAAUCCGACCCUUUUUCACCAAAGCUCUGUCGGGCCCAGGUCUUGUGCGGAUGAUCGCCAUUUGCGUGGAAUCCACCAUCGAACACAUGGACAAGCUGGAAGAAGUGACCACCAAGUGUGGCUACGUCAAUAGCCUGAACCUUAUGAGGCGGGUUAUGCUGGACACUUCAAACAGGCUUUUCCUUGGCAUUCCUCUGGAUGAAGACGCCAUUGUACUUAAGAUCCAGAAUUACUUUGAUGCCUGGCAGGCACUUCUGCUGAAACCCGAUAUCUUCUUUAAGUUUUCUUGGCUGUACAAGAAAUACGAAAAGUCCGCGAACGAUCUGAAAGAAGCCAUCGAGGACCUAAUAGAGCAGAAGCGGCAAAAGCUUUCCACGAUUGACAAACUGGAGGACCAUAUGGAUUUUGCAUCCCAGUUGAUUUUUGCGCAGAGCCGCGGGGAGCUGACUGCUGAGAAUGUCAACCAGUGCGUUUUGGAGAUGCUCAUCGCUGCCCCGGACACCCUUUCGGUGACUCUGUUCUUCAUGCUGGUGCUGAUCGCAGAGCACCCCCAAGUCGAAGAGGCCAUGAUGAAGGAAAUACAGACCGUGAUAAGUGACAGAGACAUCCAAAGCGAGGACAUGCCGAAGCUGAAGGUGGUUGAGAAUUUCAUUCUGGAGAGCAUGAGAUACCAGCCGGUCGUGGACUUGGUCAUGCGCAAAGCUCUGCAAGAUGAUGUGAUUGAUGGCUAUCCGGUGAAAAAAGGCACCAACAUCAUUCUCAACAUCGGGCGCAUGCAUCGGCUUGAGUUCUUCCCAAAGCCCAAUGAGUUCUCGCUCGAAAAUUUUGAAAAGAGUGUCCCUUACCGCUAUUUCCAGCCCUUUGGCUUCGGCCCGCGUGGCUGCGUUGGGAAGUUCAUCGCCAUGGUCAUGAUGAAGGCCAUCCUGGUGACUCUCCUGAGAAGGUGCCGCAUCCAGACUGAGAAGGGCGAAGGGCUGAACGACAUCCCCAAAAACAAUGACUUGUCGUUGCAUCCCAAUGAAAGGCAGCCGUUGCUGGAGAUGCUAUUCACACCGAGAAGUAAUGAGAGCAAGAAGGAAUAAAAACAGCCCGCCGAGUUGUGGGAUGCCGAUAGGUUGGACUAUGCUAACCGAAACUGAUUGGUCGGGCUCCUCGAAUCAAAGGGGAAAGUCAUCCAUGCCAUUUCCAUUUUCUCAGUAAUUCAGCGAAACGUUUUGUUUUCUCCAAACCGAUUGCUGAUACAAGUGGUUAUUUGAAAGAAGGUGGGUCCUAGGAAGAGAAUCGUUUUUUUUUUUUUUCUGGAGCUCUGUUAAUAGUUAAAUAAUGACACGCAAGAGAACCUCUUUGCAAACCAUCCUGUUCAAGUGAAAUUAUGUGUUGGAUAUUCCGUUCUGGCAAAUGUGUGAUGGUCCACUGAGAUGAGAGGCAUCCAAAGAUGCUGGUUGAGAAGUCAAUGAAUUUGUGUGCAGUGUUCACCAGGAAGCAGACUUCAUGUUUUGAGACAAUCAAUAAGGUUUCAUUUCAGAGCAAGAAAACAAUUUGAAUGUAUUGUGAUGCUGCCUGCAUGUAACUGAAGGCUGUGCUAAGCUGCUCAAAGCAUAGCAUUUGUAUUCAUUAUCUCUUAAGUGUGCCUAUAUUUUUCUGGAUUAUAGAGACCUGCUCUUCCCCACAGUUCUCCCAGUGUUAGGUUAGGUCUUAUAACCGUUUUGCUGGAAUUAGAAUAUAAUGUGAGCUAGUGAUAGCAUUUGUUUUCAAUAAAAUGCAUCACCAUCUUUUCCAUGUAUCAUCAUAGAUAGGCAGACAAAGAAACAUCCAGUUCAGCUUGGAUGCUCAUUGCAAGACCAACAGAGACGUGCAUCUACAAGGCUUUCUCUCUUGUUCUUGUAUUGUCCAUCUUAGGCCUUUUCCAUACAGAUGUAUAAAAUCCACAUUGAGCAGUGCGGACUCAAAUAAUCCAGUUCGAAACAGAUAUUGUGGAUUAUCUGCCUUGAUAUUCUGGCUGUGUGGAAGCGACCACAAAGGCCACCGAGUCCAACUGAACCUUCCUCAAGUCAACCAACCUCAAAGCCAUCUAGAUCAGUGGUUCUCAACCUGUGGCUCCCCAGAUGUUUUGGCCUUCAACAGCUGGUAAAGUGGCUGAGAUUUCUGGGAGUUGUAGACCAAAACACAGGUUGAGAACCACUGAUCUAGAUGAAGCCAGAUGAAUUACAGAAGGACCUCUACUCUGUUAUCACUCCUGACUAGAGUUGACCUAUAUAAUUAGAGGUAUAUGUCUAUAUCUUGACUUAAAAUUCAAUCAUUGAUUGGCUAAGUCUUUCUAGUUGGGACUAACCAACAGGUUGUUAGACAAGGUCAACUUCAGGACUUCGGGACAGUCCAACUUAUGGACUCUAUAGGCUCCAAGAAUUGAUCCACUCCAAGAAUUCCAAAUACAGUAGAGUCUCACUUAUCCAACACUCGCUUAUCCAGCGUUCUGGAUUAUCCAACGCAUUUUUGUAGUCAAUGUUUUCAAUAUGUCGUGAUAUUUUGAUGCUAAAUUCGUAAAUACAGUAAUUACUACAUAGCAUUACUGCGUAUUGAACUACUUUUUCUGUCAAUUUUGUUGUAAAACAUGAUGUUUUGGUGCUUAAUUUGUAAAAUCAUAACCUAAGUUGAUGUUUAAUAGGCUUUUCCUUAAUCCCUCCUUAUUAUCCAACAUAUUUGCUUAUCCAACAUUCUGCUGGCCCGUUUAUGUUGGAUAAGUGAGACUCUCCUUUCAUCCCAAUCUUCCUAUUUUGAAUUGAUAUCGACAUAUUUACCUCCACGCACCUAGAUUAGAGCCUCCGGUGGCUCAGUGUGUUAAAGCGCUGAGCUGCUGAACUUGCAUACCUAAAGGUCCCAGGUUCGAAUCCGGGGAGCGGAGUGAGCACCCGCUGUUAGCCCCAGCUCCUGCCAACCUAGCAGUUCGAAAACAUGCCAAUGUGAGUAGAUCAAUAGGUACCACUCCAGUAGGAAGGUAAUGGGGCUCCAUGUAGUCAUGGUGGCAACACGACCUUGGAGAUGUCUAUGGACAAUGCCGGCUCUUUGGCUUGGAAAUGGAGAUGAGCACCAACCCCCAGAGUCGGACACCACUCCGGCGUUCCAUGUAGUCAUACUGGCCACAUGACCUUGGAGGUGUCUAUGGACAAUGCCGGCUCUUCGGCUUAGAAAUGGAGAUGAGCACCAACCCCCAGAGUCGGACACAACUAAACUUAACGUCAAGGGAAACCUUUACCUUUUAACUAGAUCUGACCCAAUGGUGUUGUUCCCAGCUGCUCUUCCUAAACCCAUGCA